AUGCGUUUGAGCGACCAGUAUCAAUACAACCAGAGUAACAGCAGCGGAAUGGUCGACUACGAGAAGGCCCCCGAUACGAGGGUCGAAGUCGCCGACACCGACCACAUCACGGAGAAGGAGUCGAGGCGAGUGUGCCGCAAGGUCGACUGGAAUGUCCUCCCAGUCUUCUGCGCCGUGUUUGCUUUGCAAUUCCUCGACAAGACGGCCUUGACCUACACCACCGCCAUGACCUUCUUCGCCGACACUGGCAUGAACCAGGACCAAUACGGCUGGAUGGCCAGUAUCUUUUCCCUCGGCUACCUUGUCGGCCAGUACCCUACCUGCAUCCUGCUGCAGCGUCUGCCUCUGUCCAAGUUCACGGCCUUCUCCUUUAUCAUGUGGGGUCUCUGUGUCUGCUUGCACGUCGUCUGCGGCCGCAGCUUUGCCGGAUACAUGGUCGUGCGCUUCUUCCUAGGCAUUUUCGAGUCGACUCUCUCACCCGCCCUCAUGCUCUUCACCCAGCAGUACUACAAGGCCAACGAGCAGGGCACCCGUACCGGUAUCUGGGCCUCGUUCGCCACCUGGGCCGGCUUCCUCGGCGCUGGCGUCGCAUACGGCCUUGCCAAGACCGAGUCGGGUGGUAAGAAGACGACUCUGGCCCUCCCCGCUUGGAAGUGCUUCUUCCUCUUCCUCGGCUGCUCGACCAUCUUUGUGGGCUUCGUCUUUGGUAUCUUCAUCCCCGACACCCCAGACCAGGCCCGCUUCUUCACUGAGCGCGACAAGGUGGUUUCCAGGAUUCGCACUCGCGACAACAAGCAGGAGCUCUUCGCCAAGCAGUGGAAGUGGUACCAGGUUUGGGACGCUCUCACCGACCCCCAGAUCUGGGCCGCUUCCAUCAUUGCCUUCCUUGCCGCCAUCCCUACCAGCGGUAUCACGACUUUCUACGGUAUCAUGGUCAUCGGCAUGGGCUUCCUUCCCCUUGACGCCAUCCUCCUCUCCAUGGUCAACUGCUGGGUCUCGUUCUUCACAAUCUUCAUCCUCUACUUCGGCGACAGGUUCCGCAAGCGCGCCCUCUUUGCCAUCAUCCCGACCGCUGUCAGCAUCACCGGCGCCUGCAUGGUCUGGCGACUCCCCCCCACAAUCGCCGAGAAGGUUCCUCGUCUGGCUGGCUUCUACCUUACCCUCUCAUUCGCCGUCGCCGCCAUCGCCGCCAUGUCCCUCAUCACCACCAACGUCGCUGGCCGUACCAAGACCACGACUGCCCAGGCCAUGUUCCUCGUCUGCACCUGUCUUGGUGGCUUUGUGGGACCCAAGACCUGGAAGCUCAAGGACGGACCUCGCUACACGCCCGCCUGGAUCCUCAUCAUUGCCUGCAACGCCACCAACAUUGUCCUCCUCUUCAGCUUGGACCAGUACUACCGCUGGCAGAACAGGAGGCGUGACCGCGCGGGCGGCGCCGUUCCCGAGGGCAAGACGGACCUCACUGACCGUGAGAACCCGUCCUACCGCUACGUCUACUAG